GGCUUGCCUUACUACCUUUAUGUCUGAAGAUAUCUCUCAUAUUGGUGGAAAUGCUUCUGACAAAAUCAAACACUUCCUUGUCGACCGCAGAAAACUCUUCGCGGCAAUGGGACUCGCUCCCAACCUUGAAGCAACAUUUGGUGAUCCAGUUGUAGCUGCUCUAAAACUCUCCGAAAUUUCAAUCCACCAGAACGUUAUGGAACCAUCAAGUCUAGAGGCAAAGGUUACGUGCAAAACUCGUAUUACUCAAGGGAUGGUCAACGGGCAUGGUACUCUUCAUGGAGGAUGCUCAGCCCUGUUAAUUGACUUUUGCUCCUCCCUGGCCACGAUAGCUCUCCAAAUACACACAACAGGUUUCCCCGGUCUCGGGUUCAGCGAAACGAUUCACGUUGUAUUUCACGCGCCUGCUGUCCUUGGUGAAGAACUACAAGUUGUGAAUACGUGCACGUCUGCGGGCGAAAUUGUCCAGUCAGCGAGGACCGAGAUAUGGAGUGAAACCCACCAUAGAUUGGUGGUUUCUGGGGUACAUGUCACUGUAAAACCUCAAAAACCAAAGCAGCGCAAUCCUAAGAACGACACCGCCGCCUCCAAGCUUUAGUUACAAACGUAUAUCGUAUAUCAUCGAACUUGAUAUGUACAUAAUAGUGUAGAAUACACCUUCUGUUGCAAGCAAUAAACUAAGC